CCCACACGUAGCUUUUAUUUUUCCGAAUGACAAAUAUAGAGUUUAAUUAGUUGCCAGACUGUAUGUGCUACUCUUCCCCUUCCCCUUGUCCCCCUGACUACCAGCAGCUCUAACACUAUCCUGUAGCUGCGAGCAGGCAGAAGGAGGGUAUCAGGUGAGGCGCCUCAUUGAUCUCACAUGUCCAUGAUGACUGACUCAAGCAAGCUCUGCCAGGCUCAAAAACACCCUCAAGCCAAACAGUGGAGCCAUAUAUCUUUUUGAGGAGUUGGGGAAGAGGUUUCCAUGUAGCUGUCUACACUUUAUUUUAUUUUUUGUACUAUUUCAAGGUUUAUAAGGUGUCAGCCCUCCAAUGAUCUGUAGUUUUCUUAGGUUAGCUAAAGGUCAGACUUGAAAAAACUGGACAGCUUUGACGGCGAGUGCAUUUGUUUUGCAAUCGGAUAUUCUCGACAAGUCAGACUCCCUGACAGCUUCCAAGCGCAUGGUCUGCUGUCCUCUGCUCUCACGUCGACCUCCGGGGACUCUGCAGGCAUGCAUGCUGCCAGAGGAAGAGGUCAGUCUUCACUGACGCCGCUCCGCCGUGCCACUGCUUUCAGCAGCGGCUCAACUCUUCCCCUUUCCUGCUAACUAGCGUGAGUGAGAGACUGACAGUGAGGCGCACCAACUAAUCGGUCUAGAAAACAGUUUGUCUUCUCAAGUUUGGAAUCCUUUUACUGAAGAUCCUCAGCGGACGGCAGUCGUUUUGUUUUUUGGAAUAUUUUUUUUAAAUAAUUUUUAACCAUUGCUUAGUCUUCGGUUGUAGUAGAUCCCUUUUUUUCUGGAGACCAUAGUCUCCUCUCUUACAAACCUUGUUGGGGCUUGCAUGAAGAAUCCUUCUGACAAAGUGGUUUUCCUUCAUAUGCAGGCACUAAAGAUUGAUCAGAUCUACUUUUCUUUUUGAUUCUAUCUGUUUGGUUUUUGCCUUUGGCCUGGAUUUUUCAUUUUGUUUUAAGUUAUCUGAGACGCGGCUUCCCAUUCGAGCCAUGAGAUGGUUCAUGCCUUAAAAAUAACAUUGCCAUAAAGUUCAUGGAAUUUCGUAAGAUGCUCAAUCAGAUGGGGAGCUGGUUUUCUUCUCAACUGUGAGUCAAAAACUGUGAAGAAAAUGAACAAGGAGGUCCGACUGAUGAGGAAAGGGGCAGCGACUGGUUUUGGACAUGGCCGGAGGCAUUCCUGUUUGGGCUUUGACGUGGAGAAUGGCCUGCCGGUGGGUCGCAGUCCACUGGACUCUCAGACUAGCCCCGGCUCGGGUCUGGUUCUUCAGGGAAACUUCCCCCACAGUCAGCGCCGCGAGUCUUUCCUUUACCGCUCUGACUCAGACUUCGACCUGUCACCCAAAGCCAUGUCCCGCAACUCUUCCACAGCCAGCGACCUGGAGGAGGGAUUGAAGAAUUGGGAAGUCAGUUGGCUACCUCGGCAUGGAGAAGACAUGAUAGUAACUCCAUUUGCACAGGUUCUUGCUAGCUUACGAACAGUGAGAAGUAACUUUGCUGCUCUGACACAUCUCCAAGAUCGCUUGGGAAACAAACGGCCACCGAGCAGCACCCAGCCACCCAUAUGUAAGCCAUGUCUCACAGAGGAGCCCUAUCAGAAGCUGGCGAUGGAGACGCUGGAAGAGCUGGACUGGUGUCUGGACCAGCUGGAGACGCUGCAGACGAGACACUCAGUGAGCGAGAUGGCGUCCAAUAAGUUUAAGAGGAUGCUGAACCGCGAGCUGACGCAACUGUCAGAGACGAGCCGCUCAGGGAAUCAGGUGUCAGAGUUCAUCGCCAACACCUUCCUCGAGAAGCAACAUGACGUGGAGAUCCUGUCUCCACCUCUUAAAGAGAAGGAGAAGAAGAAGAGGCCGAUGUCACAGAUCAGCGGCGUGAAAAAGGCAACGCAAAGCCCCAGUUUAGCGCCUGCAUGCGUCUCUCGCUUCGGAGUCACCACGCCACACGAGAGCCUGCUGGCCAAAGAAAUUGAGGUUACUGAUCGGUGGGGGAUGGACAUUUUUAAGAUUGCAGAAUAUUCAGGAAACCGUCCUUUGACAGUAAUCAUGUACUCCAUCUUCCAGGAGCGAGAUCUUCUGAAAACCUUUAAGAUUCAAGCUGACACCUUCAUCACCUUCAUGAUGACGUUAGAGGACCAUUACCAUGCAGACGUAGCCUAUCACAACAACAUCCAUGCAGCUGACGUGGUGCAGUCCACCAACGUCCUCUUGUCCACUCCUGCACUAGCGGCUGUAUUCACAGACCUGGAGAUCAUGGCCGCUCUGUUCGCCAGCGCCAUCCAUGACGUCGACCAUCCAGGAGUCUCAAACCAGUUCCUCAUCAACACCAGUUCUGAGUUGGCGCUGAUGUACAACGACGCGUCGGUGCUGGAGAACCAUCACCUUGCUGUGGGCUUCAAACUUCUGCAGGAAGAAAACUGUGACAUUUUUGAGAACCUCAGCAAGAAGCAGAGAGACUCCCUCCGCAAGAUGGUCAUAGACAUGGUGCUGGCCACAGAUAUGUCAAAACACAUAAACUUCCUGGCAGACAUGAAAACUAUGGUGGAGACUAAGAAGGUGACAAGUUCGGGAGUGCUGCUGCUUGACAACUACUCUGACCGCAUCCAGGUUCUACAGAACAUGGUCCACUGUGCUGACUUGAGCAACCCAACCAAGCCUCUGGAGCUUUACCGCAAGUGGACGGACCGCAUCAUGAUGGAGCUGUUCACACAGGGAGACAGAGAACGGGAGAAAGGCAUGGAGAUCAGCCCCAUGUGUGACAAACACAACGCCUCCAUAGAGAAGACUCAGGUGGGGUUCAUUGACUAUGUCGUUCACCCGCUGUGGGAAACGUGGGCAGACCUGGUUCAUCCUGACGCCCAGGAUAUCCUGGAAACUCUUGAGGACAAUCGGGAGUGGUACCAGAGCAUGAUCCCCCGCAGCCCUUCACCCACCAGCCCAGAGGAGCACCACAACGAGGGGAGGCCCUCUGACGGAGCUGUCGGGACGGGAGGCCCUGCUCAUUUAGGAGGUGGAGGAGACAAGUUCCAGUUUGAACUCACCCUGGAGGAGGAGGAGGAGGAGGAGGAGGAGGAAGAAGUGGACUCUGACCUGGAAAGCCCCCUAGAGGAGGAGUCGCAGACAUCCAGGGACAGACACCUGGACUCUUCCUCCCCCUCGCUUUCUCCGGACCCCCGGAACAGCAGGUACCGCCCCCCGUCGCCUCACCCCUCCCGGACUCUGAAUCAGACUUCGAUGUCGGUGCGGAGCCUCAACUCCCACAGGAUGCCGGCCUCCCCGGGGCGGGAAGCUGUUCAGGACAGAGAUCCAAGCCAGGACGGUGACAGAGUGACCUGCCUGCACAUGGGCACGUAAUAAUCAGCACAAGCUGCCCUGCCACAGAGACACGAGUGCUGGGCAUGAGGAGGUGUGAGCAGGGCAAGCCUUUACCAAUAAAGUCUGUAAAAUCACCACAGUCCCUUUACACUGGAGAAACCUCUCUGGAAAAACACAGGAACGUUCUUCCUCUGUCUUUUUCUUUUUUUUCAGCAAGAUGAGUUAUUUCCGUCUCCGUCUGAGUGCCUGAUUAGGCCUAUUAGUCCAGUCCUGGCUUGGUGUAGCUUCAGUCUGAGGAUUUCCAGACAAUAACUGCUCACUUAACUGGGAAGAGGAGUGGAGUCGCGGCUUCCACACAAAGACAGGAUAACAAAGUUAAAGGAAAUGUCUUCCUUCAAAAUAACUGUGACAUUCAAAUGUGCAGCGAACGAGGAUCGCGGUGGUGUGACAGGGUCCUGGAAUACGUAUUUUUUUGCACCAUAGAUUUACCUUGGGAUACAAUUUGAAUGAGUUCUGGUUGGGAUAAGUGAGUAUGAUUUCUGUGUUUUGAGAAUGAUACGUGAGACAAAUCAUCAAACCAAAUCCAAGAUUUAAACGAGCAAGAAGAAAAUGGAUGGACCUCAACCUCAGGGUAUGAAGAGAAUUCUAAUGUAGCACAGAUGUACUGGGUACUGCUGAUCCUACCCUCAACCGUCCUUCCUGAUAGGCUCCAAACCAGAGACCAAUGGGAUUUUAGCUGAACAAAAGGGUCCCUUCAUACAUGUGAAACCCUUUAACAGAGAAUUAGGCAACUAUAGUUGACCGAAUCCCUAAACCAGCUUGUAGCAUCACAGAAACAACAUUCUCAGAAGAAACAAUAGACACCACCUGUAUGAUUAGUUUUAGCUUUAAUUUAUUUUUUACCUAAGAUGAUUGUAAAAACAAAAUUGUGUUUAACUUUUCAUACUGUUCCUUGUUGUGUGUUUGCAGGUGUUGUGUGUAUUUCUGUGCUUCAAAGAGGAAAAAGAAAAAAAAAAAAGCAUUUUUUGAUUCAGGGUGCCUCCGGUUCGCAGUAGCACUUUACCGUCUCUGCCGUUCUGCUCUUCUUUUCAGUCACAAAGGGCUCAACGCACAACAGGCCUACUGAUCACACACACAAAAUGUAUGAAUAAAUAAAAAUAGUUCAGGAUAUUUAAUAGCAGGCACCAGAAAGCAGGGCAGGAAACAGUGAAAAGCCUCAGCACAGGAUGGACCAAUAGGAGGCCCUCUAGUGGUGAAAGUUGGAAAUGUCAUGCCAGAAGUUUUUAGAUAAAUCUGCUUUCACAAGUGAAUAGCAAGAGUCUUGAGAAAUGGCACGUAACAAUAUAUAUUGCGAUAAAUCCCAUCAGAGACAAAAUCUUACAACUUAUUAACCCUUAACUGUCUGCUGAACCAAAUGGCAGAGCACAUUUAGAAAACAUGCUUUCAAAAAUAUGUGUGUAUUACCCCCCAAGGUACGGAGCCCCUAAAGGGACAUUAAAGAAAAAAAUAUUAAAGCAAAAAAAAAAAAAAAAUCCCAAAAAUUGAAGUAAACCACUUACUAUCUGGUGAGCACAGCUUUGUAACUUGUACAUUUUGUUUUUAAAAAAAAUUGUCAGAGUUCUAUACCCUUCAAAUGUUAAAAUUUAAUUGUAAUUAUCUCAUUGUACUCUGUAACAAUAACAACGAGGCUAAUAAUGAGUCAGCAUGUAGCAAAAGCUGAGAUCUUGUUGUUUUCAUGCCGUGUAAAGCUGCUGAAAGAAGUUCAGUUUGCUGUGUUACAGACUACCGGUGAAAAUUUUAGUGGAAAACAAAAAUUAAGAAACGAUGUGUUUGCUUAUAAGUAAGUAUCGUCUUGCCCGCAUUUUAAAAUGAUGCAAUGAAGUAUCGCGAUAUUUCAUUGAAUCAGUAUUUUCCUACACCCCAAUUCACAAAAUUUCUGACUCAUUUUGUCAAAUUCAAAUUUAAAAAAUAUUUUAUAUUUGAUGGCACAAAGAAAUAGGGUAGAUUUUGACUAUAUAGUUAAAUUCUGUGCUCUCAUGUGAAAAUAGCCCUUUAUGGUUCAACUUUACUUUAAUCAAGAGAUCUUGAGAGUUCAACAGGAGUCCCGUCGGAUCUUUUAUGCCAAACUUUUCAUUCAAUUAGGCAAAAUCCUGAAGGAAAAAAUGAUGGCACCCACCAGUUUAAAAAAAAAAAUCUCUUUCCUUGAAUUGCCCCGUGAUAAGAGAACAGAGGUCUGUUGUCCUGCCCUGCUGACAGGUUCUGCUGCAGAGCUCAGCUUCGUGGAAACUAAACUGUAUCCCGUCAGGUUACAGGUCGUUCUUAAUCCUUCAUUUUUGGAUAAAAAUAUAUACCACAGGUGUUCACACACACCUGCCAGCCUACAUUACUGUACAUUUUUACACUAAAGAUUUUAAACUGAUGAUUGUGUCAUUAAUUUUACAGUGUUAGUUUUUACCAAAUGAGACAUGUUAACAGUAUUUUAAAGCUGACAUUUUCUUAGAUUUUUUGUGCAGUUUAGGUUCUUUAGCCCUUUUGCUAAUCAGAUAGCUGAGACUUAAGAAUGUGUGUUUCAUGAUUUCGAUGUCUGUCUGUACACGAGUCCAGAGUUGUGUUCGUCACCAUCUCUGAGUAGAAAUUCAAUGAAGUAUGUAAGCACUACAGAAGAUACGAUGCACUUCCUGGUUAGGCAGUAGUAGAGGAACACUAGUCGAGCAGUAUUUCAUUAACUAGAGAGCUUUAUUGAUCAGCCUUACUGUACAGGUGAUAGGAGAGGCUGUGCCUUGUGUUGAGGGACCAUGUGCUCAUCCACAGAUGCUGAUCCUCAGACUGUUUGACUCCAUUUUCCUUUGAUAAAACCUCUGGGGUUUAGAUACGUUUGUUUUUUUAUUUAUGUUUUUAAAUCUUUAAACCUUUUUAUUCCAUAUUCUGGUCAUUUUCUGCCAUAAAAGGAGCUGUAAGAUGUAUCCGUCAGCAUCAUCGCAGAGAAACAUCUUCAUUCGACGGAGCUUUACACUUUGUCUCACUGUGAAAUGUUUUCUGGGGUGCUGUAAUUUUCCACUAAGCUUCCACUGGUGAUCGAUGCCACAGACGUCAGGUUAAACAUUACCUGGCUUUUAUUUUGAAGGAUUGAGAUCAGGUUUCAAAAAUCAAGGAAAGGAAAUGUAGAAAUUUUCCACAAGAACUCAUUUCCGAAUAGUAAACUUAAUUUAGUCUUUAAGUGUGACUUAAAUGAAAACAGUUGGGACAUUUUUUAAAGAUCAUUUUCAUACUGAAGUUCUUCUGCUAGAUGGGAGAAUGAAAUAACAGUCUGAGGAAUUAUGCCAGCAUUCGGAGUUCAGCAUCAUGGCCCGUCACAGGGACAUAACAGUGCCACAUAGUGUUCAAUGUGAUAACAAGCAGGAGAAUCCCUGUUUUUUUUUUUGUUUUUUCGUGUCAAUACUGCCUUUAUUACUGUUCACGCUGUCCUGUUUUCUCAAAUUCUGUGUCGUGCAAACGUAUAAAAAGAUAUUUAUUCUUCAAACGUGUCCGUCCAGACAAAGUACUGUAACAUAGGACAUUUGAUUUUAUGUUCUGGAGCCUAAAAAUCAAGUACUUUACAAGUAUGUAUACAAGUAUGUCACUCCAAUGUUUUUGUCAAAGAAAGUAUAUUUUUGUUUCACAUUUUAAGCCAAAAGUCUCUGGAGUUCAGGGUGUUUUAAAGGGGAAUUGCCAAUAAAUUAUAUAAUGGA